GAAGACGACGAGGAGGCCGGGCGCGCACCCAGCAAAGUUGCCGAGUGCGAAGAGACGCCGAUUGUUAUCGCCGAUGAAGCAGCUCGUUGCACCUAGCCCAGGCAAUCUUCGGCGCUGAUCCGGCUGCGUCAAGCUGCCUGUGCCCGCACUGCUAAUAUCCCUGGACGCAAACUUAAAUAGCCAACGCCGAAACUUUGCUCCCACUGUUGAGUUAUCAAAAGCCGCAAGUUUUCCAAUUGAACAAAGCCGCUCGGCGCUGCAGCUUCCACUGCUGCACUGCACCGAAACGUCAAGAAAGUUCCAAAGCUAAGCCUUGUGAUAAAUAGAAAAUAAUAAAGGAAGUAGGUAAAAAGUGCGCGCGUGUUUUGUGAUGAGAAAACAGUGUGCGUAUACGUGCCUGCAGUGAAUGCGCAAGAAAACAGCGGUCUUAAGCUAGCGCAGUGAAAACAGAGCAGACAAAUAUACAUGCAGAUAGAUAAACAGAUAGAUAGAUAGAUAUAUUUUUUGGUUGCUCAUUGCGACAAUCGCGAGAUGACGAAGAACAAGAAGUGCAAGAGCUGCGAUCUGUUCGGCGCCGGCGGCGAGGGCAAAGCCACCGAGGGCAAGGGCGUCUGCCAGCUCGAGGCGCUUCAGCAGCUGGGACAGCCGCUCAACUUGACUGCCAACAGCCACGCCGAGGCACUCGGCGGUCUCUACCUGCAGCAGCUCAAGGACAUCAUGCUCGCCGCUUAUUUGCUCAAAGGAUACUAUCAGCCGGCGGGUCCGCUGAUACAGCAUCCGCCGCCACUGCCGCCGGUAAAGGGACCGCCGCCCGAGUCGACGCCCACGCCCCCGCAGAACUCCGAGGGCUCGGACGACCUCGUCGCGACCUCCACUACCUCAGGCACCAGCAGCACAGGUGGCGGCUUCUACCGCGCGUACUGCCCGCAGUACUACGCGACGCCGCCGCAGUACCAAGAUCUCUGCUACCCGCCGGCGUACGCGCACUCGCACCAGCAUCCACCGCCUUACUACCACAAGUAUGCGGCGCCGCCGUACCGCCGCCAGUACUACCCAUACCCGGAGGCCGGGGGUCCGGGCGGCCCGGCCGGCAGCGGCGCCUCGCCCGGUGUGGUCGAGUACCAACAGCCGCCCCCCGGCGAGUACCUGCCCGCCUACUACGGCGGCUACCCGCCGCCGCCUGCGCCGCCGCCACCGCCGCCCAAUCCCGCCUACAUGCACGCUCAGCCGACAACGCGAGGUGGCUUCGUGGACCAUGGCUACCAGAGCUGCCCGUGCCCAAUGCAGACGUGUCCAAAAAACGGGGAUACUGGGCCCCUUAUUGGUAAUGGUAAGGGAGCGCCAGUAGCGACGGGGCCCGGUCUGUCAUUGCCACCCAGCGCCUUGGUGGGGCCGCCCUCGCCCGCUAGGGGUCUAGCCGGCCUAGCGCCCCCCCACGGAGCCAACGCCUGGGACACGGAUCGCGUCCAACUCAACCCGGCUCAUCGCAGCCAGCACAAGCAGCAGCAGCAGCCGCAGCAGCAGCCCCAGGCCGCGGCGCCGCCGCCACAACCCCCCGCUGCACCCUCCUCGUCCGCGCAGCAGCAAGCCAAGACGGUGCAGCAACAGCAGCAGCCGCAGCCGCAGCAGCAACAGCAGCAGCAGCAGCAGCAGCAACAGCAGCAGCAGCAACAGCAGCAGCAGCCGCCGCCGCCGCCGCCGCUGCAGCAGCAGUCGGCCGAGCAGCGCGACUGCCAGGUGAAGAUCGAGCAGAGCGCCUCGCCGCCCGGGCCGGCCGCCGGCGCCGACGGCGCGGCCCUGCUCGCCGGCCGCCUCAAGCUCGAGGCCGGCGACUCGGUCAAGUGCGAGUCGUGCGCGCUCGGCGAGGGCCUGGUCGGCCCCGAAGACGCCAGCACCGCGGCCGGCCUGGCCGAGCCUGCGGCCGGCGCGCAGCCCGGCGCCGAGCGCCAGCCGCAGCCGGCCGCCGUCUGCCGCGUGAAGCGCGAGUCGGGCCUCAAGUGCGAGCAGCUCAUCAAGUGCGAGCAGUUCGCCGGCCUCGAAGGCGCCGUCGAGCCUGUCGCCGCCGAGAGGAAGCGCGCGCACCAUCGCCACUCCCUGCCGGUCUGCCCCAUCAGGACGGCCACGGGCAGGUUCAAGAAAGUCAGAGCGCAGAAGCCCCACUACGAGGCAGCGGCCGAGCAAGUGGCGGAGAAGGAGCCCGCCGACGAGCUGGCCGACCCGCGGAAGGCGGACGACGCCAAGCUCGUGGCGAACGGCGCGGACGCGGCGGACGGGGCGUUCUGUCCGGCUACGAUCGAUGACGGCUCCGUCGCCGUCGCCGUCGCCGUCGCCGCGGCGCUCACGGGCAAGCGCAAGUUAUCGCUCGACUGCCGCGGCGACGCUGCUGCUCCCCCCGGCGUCAACAAGCCCAAGAAAGCCAACAAAAGGGCCUUGUCGUCGGGCUCGCCGAGGGAGCUUGCCGACAGCUCCGCUGCUCCGCCCGCGACCAACGGCCUCGAUCAGAGCUCCAACGACGCCAUCUACGAUGCAAAAGCAGCGUCGAAUGUGAAAAAGAAGCCGGCGAAAAAGGAAAAUCAAAAGAGGAAGUCAGACGCGGCCCAUCCCAAUGAGCCUCUUCCAAAAAAGUCAAAAAGUGCCCCCGUUAAAGUAAUGGCCACCGAAAAUUCGAUUAUGGAAACGAUAAACCACGUAGUCCAGGAGAGCCUAUGGAUGACGACGACGAAGGCGUCGAAAAGUAAAAACACCAAAUCCAAUAAUAAAGAUGAGAAUAACGAGAAGAAAAGAAAGUCGCAGACAACGUUGAAAAGGGCCCCGAAAAAUAAAUUAUCCGUGAUCAAAAACGAAUUUACAAGUAGUCCAGUAAAGGUAGCUAAUAAAGUAGAUGCUAAAUUGAAAAAGGUACAAAACGGUAAAAGGAAAAACAAAGUUAAGGCGAAAUUACUCGAGGCAAAAUCCAAAGUUGCGGAAGGCAAAAACGUAAAUAACAAGCUUCCAGACGUAAAGAACAAUAAGAUUAUCGAGAAUAAAAACAGCAAAGCCGUAGAAUCGAAAAAUAAUAACGUUCUGGAAACGAAAAACAAUAAGAUUUUAGAAACGAAAAGCCUUAACAAAAUUGUCGAAACGAAAAACAGUAAAAAUAGAGCGCAGGAUUUGAAAGAAAUUAAAGAAGUGAAGGACGCGAAGGGGAUCAAUGAAGCGAAGAACAACAACGUCAGCGUACUCGUUGUCAAGAAUUGUAAGGAAAAAAAGCCAAAGGACACUGUAAAAAAUGGUAAACUACUAGAGUCGUCGAAAGGCAAGAAGAGGGGCAAAGGCGGUAAGAAGAUGGCCGGGAAGAACGAAUUUUCGCUUAAGGCUAAGGAUCAUGAACUAGUCAGUAAGAGCAUAAUGGUGCCUAGAAAGCCUUUUCUAAAGCCUAAAUGGUGUAACGGCUGGAGUUGGGAAGGCGAACCGUUCGAAGCAAAAGUUUACCUUACCAACGAAGAGUCGGCAAUCCGCAAAUGUUAUCCUUGCAUGAGGCACACGAGCGGCGAUAUGCUACGACCAUUGGACUGCGUGCUGCUGCGUAGUGGCCAGAAAAAGGCAGACUUGCCGUUUGUAGCGAAAAUCGCUGCGCUUUGGGAGAAUCCAGAUGAUGGCGAAAUGAUGUUCUCCUUGCUAUGGUACUACAGACCAGAGCAUACCGAGCAAGGCCGUACGGAGUACGACACAGACGACGAGGUAUUCGCCUCCCGUCACCGAGAUGCCAAUAGCGUAGCUACCAUCGAGGACAAAUGCUACAUUCUCACGUUCAAUGAGUACUGCAGGUAUCGCAAGAAUAUCCGUAGGAUAGAGGAGAACCUCGAAAGCCCGAAUCUAAUUGUUCCUCCCGGAGAUCAACAAUAUCCUCGCGAAUCUCGACAACCUCCUAUACCGGUGCCCCCGGACAUGGUGUUGUUCUGCCGGCGAGUCUAUGAUUACCGCGGCAAGAAGCUCGUCAAGAAUCCGGGAUGACUUGACUAAGCUUGUGUAGGAUAAAAACACUUAAAUUUAAGGAACGUUUAUAGGCUGCUUCUCGAAAAAAGACGAAGAACGAUGCGUGUUUUUUUUCUUGCGAGAGACCCGGCUGCGAAAAUUAUUAUUUCAACACGCCGUGUGGAAAGUACGACUUUGCUGCACGCUCGGCGAAAAAUGUGUGCUCAAAUUCGUACUUUCCGCACUUUGUUUUGAAGAAAAACUACAUCUAACGUGUUCGAGAAAGUGAUUCUCACCUCGUGUACCUUUUCUCACGCGAGACGACAGUUUACUUUCCCGCACUAGUUAGGUAAUGUACUAUACUGCGAAACAAUACGUAUUCAAUCGUAUUCAAUGUCGAAAGUGUUGCUAAAUUAAAAGUGAAGAUUAAAGACAGCACCCUCAGUGGAUUUGACAAUUUUAUAAAAGAAAAAACGAAAA